AUGUCUGAUUUGCCUGAACCAGCAGUCUCUGCGGAGCUCAAAGCUUGGCUCUAUAACGCCAUUGCAGACUCCAUUCCCAAAGCCUUGGCAGCUUUCCAUGACCACUCAAAGUCUGCCCCUAGGGCUCCUGAUAAGCGCCUCUCAGACUCUGAAGAGUCAAAAGCUUCAGACCAUGACGAAUGUCCCCGCAAAUGCCCUUGGAAGGGCAAUAGUGCCAACGCCGGUAAAGGCAAGGCACCAGCAAAAGCACCUAAAUUAUCUCUUUCGGCUACUCGGGAUGAUACCCCCAAUUAUACCGUUAACCCAUUAGAGGGUUCAACCUCCAACCUGCAACUUCAGGUAGUGGACGAAUACUGUGCAGGGUAUUCGGACGAGGAUUUUACCUCCCAUGAACGCCACCAAAAUGAGUCCCAAACCUCUGAUCCUAACCAAAACAUAUCUGAGGAUAUUUUACUAUAUACCUCUGGCCGCCCCCUGUUCGACCCUAGGUAUAUCAAACACCCACGCUCUACCGAGUGGAGCCCCCCAGACCACAUAGCUAAGUACUGCAGGAUGUGGCUCCAUAAACCUUUGGAAAAAGAAGUGAGAGCUAAAUUAAGAGCAGAAUGCCCACGACCUAUUAUCCCAGACAAGGUGGCUGUUACUCCAGAAUUCGAUCCCUUACUCGUCACCUUCCUGUAUAAGACAGGAAAAGACCCCCGUAAGGGUUUGGAACAAGGCCUUAAGGCCACCCAGGAUAAGAUGAUGGAUAUGGCGGGGCCCACUUAUCCAGAUAUUUACUAUCACAGAUGAGGCUUUGGCAGGUGGCACUUUGGACGCACAUAUGGUGCGAGAAUGAGCACAGAGGGCAUUAUGCCUACUAGGCAACGCCAAUGUUGCCAUGUCAACUGAAAGACGGAAAGCCCAUUAUACAAAAUAGAUUCAAAGAUGGCCAAAUUAGGCACUAAAGAGCUUGAAAAAGCCUAUUUUUGGCGAAACGCAUUGUGUUUUUUAUGAUUUUGUUAAACUACAAGUAUUUUUAGACUACCUAUCUACCCGUGGUUAGUCCUCUUACUUUUAUUUGUUGCUGUUUUAUCCUGGCUGAUUUUUUUAUUAUUCUAAAGAUCCAGUACUACAAAAGAAAUCCUAGGUGGGGAUUAUUUCACUCACGCCUGGUUCAUAGAGCAGUGUGGCUGCUCUAUACACUGUAAGUACGUUUCAUUUUAUCUUUUACUUCUGUUUUAUCUACUGAGAACACUAUGGGCCCUCUUUUGUGAUUUUAUUUUUCAUAAGUCCUGCAUUGCAAAUAUCGCUAGAAGGAUAUCCUACAUGUGGGGAAUUUAAAUACCACUGUAUGCUGUUUUACUCAGAGCUGGUGAUAGCUCUCUCAAUUGUAAGUUGGCACUCUUAGGACCUCAGUGUUUGUUUGUAGUUGUAGGUGACAUACGUUAUUGCACCAUUGGGUUUUAUUUUAUAUGCUAAUGUGUAUCUGAGACGCUGCAAGAAGUAUUGAAGAAACACCUCCUAUUGUCCAGCUAUAUCCUACAUGUGGGGAGUUUCAAAUACCACUGUAUGCUGUUUUACCUAGAGCUGGGCAUAGCUCUGUAUAUUGUGAGUUGGCACUUCUCUAUUCCUAUUCCUUUUUGUACGUCCUUUUUUCUGUGUAUAUUAUCUCUCAUUGUUCUAUUUAGCGCACCCUGUAUUUGCUGUUUCCUGUUGAACUGAUCUGAGAGAACUGAACAAAUUCAUCAAAUGCAGACACUUCAAGAUGGAAGGCAUCCAUCUACUACAAGACCUCCUCUGCGAGGGAGAUUGGUUCUCCCGCUUCGACCUCAAAGAUGCAUACCUUACGGUACUCAUUACGCCAGAACACCGCACUUUCCUCCAAUUCAAUUGAGGCCAGACACUAUGGCAGUUCACCUGUCUCCCCUUCGGGCUGUGCUCCGCACCUUGGUGUUUCACCAAACUAAUGAAAUCGGUGAUGGUGCUACUCCGCUCACAAGGGAUUCGGUCCAUCACAUAGUUGGACGAUAUCCUCCUUAUGGCUCAAGACGAAGAGACUCUACGUCUCCAUACGGUUAUGACUUCGGCUCUCCUCCAGAAUUUGGGUUUCAUCAUCAACCUCCAAAAAUCAUGUUUAACUCCGUCUCAGACGGUACAGUUUCUGGGAUUUCAGAUAGAUUCGAUUGAGGCAGUCCUACAACUCCUUGCUAUGAAGAUCAAAACCAUAGAAAGGACAUCUGGAGAUUGCUGGCCUUACCACAUCUCCGACUCAGGGAUUUAGCCCGCACAAUAGGAUUACUCUCCGCCUCAAUCCAGGAAAUAUUUCCAGCCCCACUACACUAUCAGGCAAUGCAACGUUUGAAAACACGCUACUUGCAUCGCUCAACAUCUUACGACCAACAGAUUUUUUUCACAGACGAAGUCCAAUUGGAUCUCCAUUGGUGGCUUCAACAUAUGAAAGCCUGGAACGGAAGGGCUAUCUUCGGCCGGUAACCCGAUUUCAUUCUGGAAUCAGAUGCCAGUCUCCUUGGAUGGGGUGCUACCUGCUUGUAACGUUCUACCGGAAGACUCUGGUCCCCAUAAGAACAGGCUCUACACAUCAAUUGCCUCAAACUAAUUGCUGGUUCUUUCGCAAUUCGCAGUUUUGCCAACGAAGCCUACAACUGCAGCCUUAUCCUGAGGAUGGACAAUAUCUCAGCAGUACGAUACAUGAACCGCCUAGGUGGCUCCCGAUCAAAGAUGCUAUCAGAUCUGAUGAAGGAAUUGAACCAAUUCUGCCUGGACAGGAAUAUCUCCCUUCGUGCAGAAUAUCUCCCAGGCUCCGACAAUCUCGUCGCAGAUUGGUUUUCCCGUCACUGGAGGGAUUCCAGCGACUGGCAACUGGACCCACAAAUUUUCCACCAUCUACAGGUUCUGAGAGGGCCACUCAACCUGGACCUGUUUGCAUCUCGCCUGAACCGUCAGACGGACGCAUUCUUCAGCUGGCUUCCAGACCCAGCGUGCCUGGCAGUGGAUGCCUUCCUCCAACCGUGGCCAACAUCCGGAGCAUAUGCCUUUCCCCCGUUCUACAUGAACACACGCACGAUACAAUGCCUCAGAACACAGGGCGUCACGAUAACACUGGUGACCCCACUGUGGCGAACCCAACCAUGGUUCCCCUACCUCCUGGAGGUGUCAGUGGACUACCCCCUACCCACCUCCUACGACCUCCUCAGGGAUCCUUUGAUUGGUGGCCUGGACCAUUUCAGGAGAUCCUGGAACCUCUCUGGCCUUUCAACUGCUGCUCGAGGACUCCUAUGGGACAAGACGGUCUUAUCUCUCAGCGUGGCAACGUUACUAUAUACCUCUGGCCGCCCCCUGUUCGACCCUAGGUAUAUCAAACACCCACGCUCUACCGAGUGGAGCCCCCCAGACCACAUAGCUAAGUACUGCAGGAUGUGGCUCCAUAAACCUUUGGAAAAAGAAGUGAGAGCUAAAUUAAGAGCAGAAUGCCCAUGACCUAUUAUCCCAGACAAGGUGGCUGUUACUCCAGAAUUCGAUCCCUUACUCGUCACCUUCCUGUAUAAGACAGGAAAAGACCCCCGUAAGGGUUUGGAACAAGGCCUUAAGGCCACCCAGGAUAAGAUGAUGGAUAUGGCGGGGCCCACUUAUCCAGAUAUUCACUAUCACAGAUGAGGCUUUGGCAGGUGGCACUUUGGACGCACAUAUGGUGCGAGAAUGAGCACAGAGGGCAUUAUGCCUACUAGGCAACGCCAAUGUUGCCAUGUCAACUGAAAGACGGAAAGCCCAUUAUACAAAAUAGAUUCAAAGAUGGCCAAAUUAGGCACUAAAGAGCUUGAAAAAGCCUAUUUUUGGCGAAACGCAUUGUGUUUUUUAUGAUUUUGUUAAACUACAAGUAUUUUUAGACUACCUAUCUACCCGUGGUUAGUCCUCUUACUUUUAUUUGUUGCUGUUUUAUCCUGGCUGAUUUUUUUAUUAUUCUAAAGAUCCAGUACUACAAAAGAAAUCCUAGGUGGGGAUUAUUUCACUCACGCCUGGUUCAUAGAGCAGUGUGGCUGCUCUAUACACUGUAAGUACGUUUCAUUUUAUCUUUUACUUCUGUUUGGACAGGAACGUCGAUCCCUUUUCAACCUCUUUGAUUAACAUCAUGAACUUUCUGGCAUCACUCUUUGAGCAGGGUAAGUCUUAUAGGUUGAUUAAUGUUUUUCGUUCCGCCAUUUCGGCAGCUCAUAGCCCUGUUGACAACUCCGCGGUUGGCAAACAUCCCUCCAUAUGCAGACUCUUGCGGGGCAUUCGCCUCGCGAGACCCCCGGCUCCGAAAUAUAAUCAAUUUUGGGAUGUUGCUAUUGUGCUAUCCUUCUUAUAGGCUUGGCCCUCUAAUGAAGAGCUCUCUCUCCGACAACUGUCGGCCAAACUGGCACUGCUGCUCUGUUUGGUAUCCUUUAGAAGAGUUUCAGACAUCAGAGCAUUUGACGUCCAUGCCGUUGACUUUACCCCUGAGGGAGUACAAUUCUCAAUUACCCGACGCACUAAAACCAAUUCCUUUACGGUGAAAUACCCUUACUUCCACGAUAAACCCACGCUUUGUGUAGCUAGUUGCGUCCAAGACUACAUCCUUUGCACUAAUGCCCUAAGAACACAAACAGGCCCCCUACUGGUGUCCUACGUUCGCCCUCACAAACCAGUGUCAUGUACCACGAUUGCUCGUUGGAUCAAGUUGCUACUGGCCCUAACAGGCAUCGACCCAUGUUUUGGUGCUCAUUCCGUGAGAGGUGCAGCCGCCUCUUCUGCUUUUACGUCUGGGAGCUCUCUAGCGGAGAUCCUAGCCUCCGCAGAUUGGUCCAGAGAAUCCACCUUCAGAACCUUCUAUUUCAUACAAUCUUCUCAUGUAUCUAGUUCCAUCUUAUCAUCGCUUUAAAACUGCAAAUAUGAAGCCUCAUGUCUUGCCAUAAAAUUCGGGAUUACUCUAACCUUGACCGAAUAAUCUAAAUUUUAUUAAAGACAGGAGGCAAAUAUUUACUAAACCCAUAUAUUUUCGUAAUCUAAGUUUUCAGCUUACUCUUUACAACUGCAUUUACAGAUACUAUCAGCUUUAACUCAUAACAUAAGAUUUGUCAGAGUAUUUGGUGUACACUUUGGUUGGAAAAAUAUCAUUUAAAGUAAUUAAGUGUUGUUUCUCUUACCCAAGAGACCAUACUUUCACGACCUCUCUCUCUCUCUUUUUCCUAGUGUGAAAACUCUUCACUAUCUUCGCAAAGAAUUACCUACGUUUUCCCCACAUCGUUUACAUGGUUGACUUAGUUUUGAACUAUUUGUUGUUCUACCGUUUAUGUUUACAUGGUUGACUCUACGGCUGUCAGGUGCAUCAAGAAAGAGGAGUUGGGAGGAGCAUGAUGACUGGACAUACUCUAUUAUACACUCUGAUUGGUUAAAUUUUUUUUUUGUUAUUCACUCUCUUCAUAUUUAUUAUGAUAUCUCACAUAUGCAGAAUAUUUACUCUCUUGUUUGAUUUAUGAUUUGUACUCUUGUGAUGGAUAGAAAUAAAUGUAGGUAAAAUGUCUAUUUGUUAUAUGCACCCGUGCUCAUUCCUUACUCAAAAUGGCCGCUAAAACACACCCUCCCAUCGACCAAUACACUUGUGUAACAAGAUGGCGUCUCAUAUAGAAACAUAGAAUGUGACGGCAGAUAAGAACCAUUCGGCCCAUCUAGUCUGCCCAAUUUUCUAAAUACUUUCAUUAGUCUCUGGCCUUAUCUUAUAGUUAGGAUAGCCUUAUGCCUAUCCCACGCAUGCUUAAACUCCUUUACUGUGUUAACCUCUACCACUUCAGCUGGAAGGCUAUUCCAUGCAUCCACUACCCUCUCAGUAAAGUAAUACUUCCUGAUAUUAUUUUUAAACCUUUGUCCCUCUAAUUUAAGACUUUGCCCUCUUGUUGUGGUAGUUUUUCUUCUUUUAAAUAUAGUCUCCUCCUUUACUGUGAGUCUCCAUCCAGAGCUGCACCCAAUAUGAUGAUGACAUCAACACCCUGGAGGAAGUACAUCUAGAUUAAACACUUAACACUUAACCAAUUAAAAGUUUAUAUUUCAUAUUUGCACACAAUGCAUCCCUUUGCCCUUUUUAAGGGGCUACACCCACCCCCUGAAUAAACAAUUGAAAGUUUUCAUUCAUCUGAACUUUGGUGUCAGUGUGGUUUCUUCAGCGUGCACGCAUCUCAUUUUCAAAAUCUGGACAGAAACUUGGUCUGGUCCAAAACAAUUUGGCGCCCAACGUGGGAAAGAACUUGGCCCUAUGGCCAAGUUAUGGAGCACUGAGGGCCAGACACAGCUCUCUGAAAAGGGUAUCACCAAACAAACCCUGAAUUGGAGUGUAAAUGGCUUUCCCCAAUUCCACACAGAAGAUGCAUUUACUGAAGCCCCUCCUACAGGCCAAGACUUGGACACACCCCAUGAUUGCUUUGAGCAAAUGAAGAUGGAGACGACACACCUCCCAACUGUACAUGAUGCUGCCUUACAGGAGCCUGACAUCACUCUGUUUGUAGAUGGCUCCAGAUAUGCUGAUGAAGAAGGCAGAUCCAUACUGGAUUUGCAGUCACCAAGCAUCCUCACUCCCCUCAACCAUGUCUGCACUAGAAGCUGAGCUACAGGCCCUCACCACAGCAGGCAAGAUCUCUGAAGGAAAACGCGCCAAUAUCUACACUGAUUCAAAAUAUGCACUAGGCAUGGCCCAUGACUUCGGAGUAAUCUGGAAGACAAGAGGAUUUCUCACAGCAACUGGCACACCGGUGAAAAACAGCACGGCUAUCAUGGAUCUGAUGGAUGCCCUAUUCCUCCCUGAAGAAGGGGCCAUACUAAAGGUAAAAGCUCAUGGGAAACUGAACUCGGAUGAAGCACGAGGCAACCAUCUAGCUGAUCAAGCCGCCAAACAAGCCGCGUGUGCGCCGUGGAAAGCGGACAGAAGAGUGUCCACCAGAGAAACCCCCAUAUUCACCAUGCAGACCCUGCCAACGGAUCUUAAGCUCUUUAAAAAACUGCAAGCAGCUGCUGACACCAAAGAAAUAAAGAGCUGGAAACAGAAAGGGGCAACCCUUAAAGACGGGUUGUACUCCAAUCACCUCAAGUUCUGCUUACCCAAGUGUAUGUACCCAGCAGUGGUCCAGUGGGCACAUGGGACGUCACAUCUGUCCAAGACCCUCAUGAACUCCCUGAUCAACAAGUACUACGAAGCACCAGGAAUUACUCCCUUAACCCCUUAAGGACACAUGACAUGUGUGACAUGUCAUGAUUCCCUUUUAUUCCAGAAGUUUGGUCCUUAAGGGGUUAACAAACAGCUACUGCAGGUCCUGAACCAUCUGUGCCAAAUGUAACUCAGGCAGGAUGGAGAAAGCCCCACAGAAGCAUCUAGCCAAACCCCUCUAUCCCUUCCAAAGAAUCCAGAUUGACCAGAUUCAAAUGCCAAAGAGUGGCCGGUUUGAGUAUGCACUAGUCAUAGUAGACAUGUUCUCACGAUGGCCAGAGGCCUACCCGGCCACCAAUAUAACAGCCAAGACUACGGUCAAAUGCCUGCUCACCGAAGUGAUAUGCAGAUAUGGGGUCCUCGAGGUAAUAGAAAGUGAUCAGGGACCAGCCUUCACUGCAUUGGUAACCAAAGAAAUCUGGGCAGCACUAGGGGUGACCCUUGCAUUCCACACACCCUAUCACCCCCAGAGUAGAGGUAAGCUAGAACGCAUGAAUGGCACCCUAAAGGCUAGAGAGCCUCCCCAUUGCUCUGUUUAGUGUAAGAUACACACUGAGAGGGAGGUUUGCUUUGUCCCCCUAUGAGAUCCUGUUCGGAUCAGCACCCAGACUUGUAUGCUAUUUCCCUCAACAACUCCAACUCCACUCUGAUGUAUUGGUUGAUUAUGUAAUUGCCCUCUCUCGUGCGUUGAGCAAAAUCCAUGCACAGGUGUUUUCUUCCACUCCAGAUCCCGAGUCAGAUACAGGUACCCAUCGAUUGCUUCCUGGUGAUUGGGUCCUGGUUAAGAAAUUCGUGAGGAAACACUCUCUCGAUCCAAGAUAUGAUGGUCCCUUCCAAGUCCUCCUAGUCACAGCCACUUCUGUCAAAUUGACAGGGAAGAGCACCUCAGGACAGGAAUUACACGCCUCCCAUUGCAAGGUUCCGGUCCCAGAGGAGAUGGACUGUCCAAAGCCAUGAUCGUCCUGUAUAUCCUUUCACUACUAGGCCAACAAGUAGCCAUCACUAAAGAUAAUAAUAUAUACAACUCAUCCAACACACAUGUGGCCACCUUUGCGUUUGACUAUUGCGAGAUUGUUAGUUGUCCAUUCCCACAAUCAUGGUUACAUAAAUUAUAUAGGGAUAUUCCUUGCACUAAAGACCCAUAUAUAUGUUUUACAGACAAUCAUUGGGGAGAAAACUGUGGUUACUGGAGGGCGGUGGGCUGGAACGCAGGACCGGAUUGGGGCUACAAGCCGCAGAGUGCCUUAGAUAGGAAAGACAAAAAUGGGGAGUCCUUAUUAAACAGAAUAACUCUAUGAAAACCGGGAGGGGGAGCGAAUGAAACUCACCCUAAACAUAGAAAAUCCUAGUCCCGGCGACGCUGGCCUGUUUAUACUAGGGAUGUGGUGGGGGGGAUAGACGGGGAAGAUUCUACCGCCCCAAAAUAGACAGGAAAGAUUCUACCUUCAAGAUAUGUACCAAUCACUCGAGUGGGCAGCUUCCCAGCAUCUGACCAAUCCUCUUAAACCUCACAUUCUGUCAGGUAUAGCAUGGCAUGUAUUUCGUCGCCGGAACCCACUUCCGGGUUCACGGCGCUCAGCCCCGCCCCUUUUUUCUGACGCGGUCCCUCCACGAUACUUAGGAAGACCGCGCCAGAUUCAAAGGGCUGGAUUAUUCGCACAGGUGCUGCAGAAAGAUCAGCUGCUCUACUUUUGAUCCUACCUGCUCCACUUCUAGACCUCGGCUAGUAAAACGGAUUUCUACCUUCUCCACUUCUCGACCUCGGCUUGUAAACGGAUUUCUACCUUCUCCACUCCUAGACCUCGGCUUGUAACACUGAAUUCUACCUUCUCCACUCCCAGACCUCGGCUUGUUAAAACGGACUUCCCCACUCUCCACUCCUAGUUCUCAGCUUGUUGAAACGGACUUCUAAUUUCUCCUUCAUUGGGUGAAGUAACCCUUCCAGUGCCAGAACUGCCUUUUAGUUAAGUAAUACUUUUACCAAACAAGCCAAUUUCUAUUAUUUAUGUUACACAGUAUCUAAAGCUCACUAAAGUGUCACUUUGCCUAAUUAUUCCUCUUAUUCAUAAUGGAUUGCUACAAAGCCUAAUUUUUCCUUCAUGUGUAUUUAAAGGUACAGUGACCAUUGUUUCAUAUCAAUAUAAAAGGAGGUGAAACUUAUUGUUGCUGCAAUCAGGAAAUUCUGCAGUUGAGUUCCAAUUAAAGAAGUAUUACAAAAUAAGUAUUACAGAAUAAUCCAGCCAUAUUCAAUGGAACCAGCAGAUAUCAACUUUCAAGUUUCUGCCCUAACCAAUAGAGUGGAUACGAUUGCUCAAGGGUUACAGGAACUGCAAAUUACAAAUGAGAGAAUAUUAACCUAUGUUAGAGACAUUCAAGGUCAUCUUCCUCAUGCCGCUCUUCAAUCGGCUGGUGAUCCUGCUGUCUGUAAUCCAGAAAAAUUUUAUGGAGAUAGAACAAAGUACAGAGAGUUUUUGAAUUCUUGCAAACUACUAAUAGCUUUAAAACCUAGAUCUUAUCCCACCGAAAGAUCCAAAGUCUGUUCAGUGAUCUCUUUUUUAAGAGGUGAACCUAUGGCCUGGGCCCAUUCCUUUUUGGAAAAUGAUGAUUCCAUAUUAGAUUCAUUGGAUGAAUUCUUUGAAGCUAUGUCUUUAUUAUAUGAAGAUCCUUUUAAACAAACUACUGCUGAUUUAACCAUCAGAACAUUACACCAAAAGAAUAGACCUGUUGAAGAUUAUAUUGCAGAAUUCAAAAGAUGGGCUACAGAAACCCAAUGGAAUGACAUUACUUUACGCAAUCAAUUCCGUCUCGGAUUAUCUGAAGCUGUGAAAGAUGAACUCUCUCGUACAGAACUUCCUCCUACCUUAAAUGCAUUGAUUCAACUGUCCAUAAGUAUUGAUAGACGUCUAAGAGAAAGAAAAGCUGAACGGGUUCUUACUAAUUCUACCUGGAGAAAACCUUUCACUACUCUAAAACUACCUGAAAAAAUUCCUCCACAAACUGAACCUAUGGAAGUAGGUAUAAUAAAAAGUCCUCUUACUUCUGAAGAAAGAAUAAGAAGGAGACAACUAAACUUAUGUAUGUAUUGUGCUUCGAAUGAACAUCUAAUUUCCGAAUGUCCUCUACUGAAACAUUCAAAAGGUGGUAAGCUUCAUUCAUCUACCUCUAUAUUGAACGUUUUUCAAAAAAGAAAAGCAUCUACUUAUUUUUCUAUAUCUCUCAUAUUACAGUGGGAUACAAAAAGAAUCGUGACUGAGGCCAUCAUUGAUUCUGGUGCUAAUGGAACUUUUCUUGAUUUUUCUUUUGUUUCAAAAAAUAAAAUUCCUUGUGUUCAAAAAACUAACUUUAUUCCAAUCAGAGUUAUUGACGGUUCAUUUAUAUCCUCAGGACCCAUCAAAGAUGAGACAAUCCCUCUAAGAAUGAUUACCAACAAUGUACAUUUCGAAUUCAUUACAUUUGAUAUUAUUAAAUCUCCACUUUAUCCCGUCAUUCUAGGAAUUAAUUGGUUAAAAACCCAUGAUCCUUUAAUUAAGUGGUCUCCCUUCUCCAUCUCCUUUGCUUCUGAUUUCUGUAAAAAAACGUGCUUACAAAACAUUCCUAUUCUCCAAACUACUAAAGAACCAGUUAUACCUCCAUUCUACUCCGAUUUUGCAGAUGUCUUUUGUAAAAAAGAAGCGGAAACACUUCCUCCUCAUCGGGUAUAUGAUUGCCCAAUAGAUCUCAUACCCGGAGCUCCUAUUCCUUAUGGUCAUAUUUAUCCACUCUCUGAAAAGGAGUUAGAAAUUUUAAAAGAAUAUCUUAAUGAAAAUUUACGCAAAGGGUUCAUCAGACCCUCGACCUCCCCAGCUGCUUCUAGUAUUUUCUUUGUGAAGAAUAAAGACCAAACCAUCCGUCCUAUUAUAGAUUACAGAGCCUUAAAUAAAAUAACUAUUAAAAAUCGUUAUCCUCUUCCACUAAUAAAUGAAUUAAUUGAAAGGUUAAGAACUGCAACUAUAUUCACUAAACUCGACCUUCGAGGCGCAUAUAACCUCAUUAGAAUAAAACAGGAUGAUGAAUGGAAAACCGCCUUCCGGACAAGAUAUGGUCUCUACGAAUAUCUAGUGAUGCCUUUUGGGCUCUGUAAUGCCCCUGCAACAUUUCAACAUUUUAUAAAUGAUAUCUUUAGAGAUCUUCUGGAUAUAUGUGUUAUUAUCUACUUAGAUGAUAUCUUAAUAUAUUCUAACAAUUUGGAUGAACAUAGGAAGCAUGUUAGAUGGGUUCUAUCUAGACUGAGAACUCAUAAAUUAUACGCUAAACCAGAAAAAUGCCUCUUUGAGGUUACUGAAUUCUCUUUUCUAGGAUACAUUAUUUCACCUCAUUCUUUGAAGAUGGAUAAUUCCAAAAUCAAAUGUAUUAUUAACUGGCCCUGCUCCUACUACUACAAAAGAAUUACAACGUUUUCUUGGAUUUGCAAACUUCUAUAGAAAAUUUAUUAGAAACUAUUCGGAUGUAUCACAUCCUCUUAACCUCCUCAACAGUAGUAAACGUCCUUUCAAUUGGAAUAAAGAUGCACAAACAGCCUUCGACGAAUUAAAAAAAAGAUUUACAACUGCACCUAUUCUACAACUACCUAAUCCAACAUUCUUAUAUGUUCUUGAAGUUGAUGCAUCAGAAGCAGCCAUCGGAGCAGUUCUUUCUCAACAAAAGACUCCACAAGAUCCACUUCAUCCAGUUGCCUUUUUUUCAAGAUCCUUGAGCUCUGCUGAAAAAAAUUAUCCUAUUGGUGAAAAAGAAUUAUUAAGUGUUAAAGCUGCCUUCAAAAAUUGGCGUCAUCUUCUGGAAGAUACAAAACAACCUAUAAUAGUUUAUACUGACCAUAAAAAUCUUGAAUAUCUCUAUACUAACAAAACCCUUACAGCUAGACAAGUUAGAUGGAACCUAUUUUUUUACCGAUUUAACUUCCAAUUAAUAUACAGACCUGGAACUAGAAAUAAAAAGGCUGACGCUCUUUCUCUAAUUCCUUCUAAAACUACUACUGAUGAUUAUCCUCCUAACAAAAUAAUAGGGAUCCUCUCUUCUCUUCAUGAUGACAUAAAGAAUUUGAAUCAGAAGGAUCUUGAACUUCCCAAAACACCUAUACUAACAAAAAAGGAUGGUAUAUUUUAUUUUAAAAAUAGAAUUUAUAUUCCUCCCAUUCUUAGGAAUAAAUUACUUAAGAUGGUUCAUGAUUCACCCCUAGCUGGACAUCCUGGAAUAAAGAAAACACUUGAACUAACUUCACGAUAUUAUUGGUGGCCUCGCCAGGAUAGAACCAUUGAAUUAUAUGUCAAAACAUGUCCUAUCUGUCAAAGGUCUAAACCAGAACAUAAUCAACCUUUUGGAUUACUACUUAACUUACCUAUUCCAGAAAAACCUUGGCAAUCCAUUUCUAUGGAUUUUAUCGUUGAUCUCCCACCUUCUCAACAUUUCACCACUAUUCUUGUCGUUGUGGAUCGCUUCACAAAAAUGUCCCAUUUCAUUUCCUUAAAAAAAUUACCCUCCUCUGUAGAAUUGUCUAAGGUCUUUAUUGACAAUAUUGUGAAACUUCAUGGUCUUCCUGAAGAAAUUAUUUCUGAUAGGGGGACACAAUUUACCUCCAAAUUCUGGAAAGAGAUGUGUCUCUCCCUUCAAAUUCAACGCAAACUCUCUUCCGCUUAUCAUCCCCAAACUAAUGGGCAAACAGAAAGGGUUAAUCAAUGUUUGGAACAAUAUCUUCGAUGUUAUUGUUCAUACCUCCAAGAUGACUGGACCACAUGGUUACCUAUGGCCGAAUUUUCUUACAAUAAUACCAUUCAUUCUAGUACGAAAAUGACUCCUUUCUUCUCCAACUAUGGUUUUCAUCCGUCUUCAUUCCCCAUCCAAACCAUUACUUCAUCCAAUCCUACUGUUACAUCAAAAAACGAAUUUAUGUCUUCUCUAUUUCUCAAAUUACGGGAGAAUCUUCAACUCGCCCAAAAUAACCAGAAAAAGUUUUUUGACAAUAAUAGAAGAAUUCCCCCUCCUUACAAGGUAGGGGAUCUUGUCUGGCUCUCUUCAAGGAAUAUUACCACAAGCCGUCCUUCAAAGAAAUUGAGCUCUCUUUUUCUUGGUCCCUUUCCAGUACUUACUAUCAUUAAUGAUAACGUUGUUAAACUAAAACUUCCUCCAAGUUUUAAACUUCAUCCAGUAUUCCAUGUCUCCUUGCUUAAACCACACAUCCCUGAUCCUUUUUAUAGAGAAAUAGUAACAACUCCUGAACCUAUCAUUGUCCAAGGUGAAGAAGAAUAUGAAAUUCACAAAAUUUUGGAUUCUCGUGUCCACCGUGGCUCCUUACAAUACCUUAUCAGAUGGAAAGGUUAUGGAGUUGAUGAAGACACUUGGGAAGAUUCAUCUAAUGUACAUGCUAGGAGGUUAGUUACUGCCUUUCACAAACGCUACCCCUCCAAACCGAAAUAGUGCACCCAGAGGAUGCCCCAUGAGAAGGGGGUACUGUCAGGUAUAGCAUGGCAUGUAUUUCGUCGCCGGAACCCACUUCCGGGUUCACGGCGCUCAGCCCCGCCCUUUUUUCUGACGCGGUCCCUCCACGAUACUUAGGAAGACCGCGCCAGAUUCAAAGGGCUGGAUUAUUCGCACAGGUGCUGCAGAAGAUCAGCUGCUCUACUUUUGAUCCUACCUGCUCCACUUCUAGACCUCGGCUAGUAAAACGGAUUUCUACCUUCUCCACUUCUCGACCUCGGCUUGUAAACGGAUUUCUACCUUCUCCACUCCUAGACCUCGGCUUGUAACACUGAAUUCUACCUUCUCCACUCCCAGACCUCGGCUUGUUAAAACGGACUUCCCCACUCUCCACUCCUAGUUCUCAGCUUGUUGAAACGGACUUCUAAUUUCUCCUUCAUUGGGUGAAGUAACCCUUCCAGUGCCAGAACUGCCUUUUAGUUAAGUAAUACUUUUACCAAACAAGCCAAUUUCUAUUAUUUAUGUUACACAGUAUCUAAAGCUCACUAAAGUGUCACUUUGCCUAAUUAUUCCUCUUAUUCAUAAUGGAUUGCUACAAAGCCUAAUUUUUCCUUCAUGUGUAUUUAAAGGUACAGUGACCAUUGUUUCAUAUCAAUAUAAAAGGAGGUGAAACUUAUUGUUGCUGCAAUCAGGAAAUUCUGCAGUUGAGUUCCAAUUAAAGAAGUAUUACAAAAUAAGUAUUACACAUUCGGACCUUCAAGGACGUGGUGCCAUAGGAGACCCCACAUUUGAAGACACUAUAGCUACAGAGACAGGGUUCUUCAAUACUAACCUAUGGCUAGAAUGGAUGAGAUAUACUGCUAACAAACAUAAUAAAACUAACUGUUAUGUAUGUGGAGGAGCCAGACCCCACCUAGGUACCGUACCCCUAACCCUACCCCCCGGACGCAGAAGUGUGUUUCCUGAGUCUCUUCACCAACACCGGGACUAAUCAGUCAGUGUGUGAAUCAUGGAAAAGGGAAUAUCCGAUUAUAACUAAGACCCCCAAACCAAAUGACGGUAUCACCAUGUAUCCAGGGAACUAUACGUGCUACGUUAUAUACGGAGGAAAAGGCAGGUAUAUGGGAAAUUUCACCAGUGGGUAUUGUGCCACCUAUAGCAAAGUUUCAGCUGCCUUGCUACUGUAUCAGACUCAAUCCCUAGGAGAUAUAUAUUGGUUAUGUGGGGACAUGAAGAUUAGGACGAGAUUGGAAGGCCAAUGGUGGGGGGGAUGCACCUUAGCCAAGGUUAUUAUGCCUCUACACAUUAUAUCCGACAGUUCCCAGGAAACACUUGGUAAAUCGCCCUCACUCAUUAGGAAAAGGAGGAAUGCCCCUAUAAAAGGCAGUUUCGACCCUCAUGUAUAUAUAGAUGCCAUUGGCAUGCCAAGGAGGGUGCCAGAUGAAUUCAACGCAAGGGAUGAAGUUGCAGCAGGUUUUGAAUCCCUUUUUCUGACCAUCACUGCCAAUAAGAACGUGAAUUGUAUUAAUUACAUAUAUUAUAACCAACAACCAACCAACUAUACAAGAGAUGCUCUCCAAGGGAUAGCUGAACAACUACAGGCCACAUCCCAGAUGACCUUCCAGAAUAGGAUGGCCCUAGACAUGAUCCUAGCAGAAAAAGGAGGAGUGUGUAAAAUGCUCCCGGACACUAGCACAUGUUGUACCUUCAUUCCAGAUAACACAGGCCCAAAUGGGAAAGUGACCUGGGCUAUAGAAAAAUUAGAGGACCUGGCAGAAGAGUUGGAAAGAAACCCUGGGAUCACUGACCCGUGGGAUAUAUGGUUCGGGUGGAUGAGUGGCUGGCAGAAAACUCUGGCCCAAAUAGGUAUAGCCGUCCUAGUAAUUUUAAUUAUCCUUGCCACUAUUGGUAUAAAAAAGUGUUUUCAAAAAUCAGUAGCUCAGGCCACACCAGCUUUCGUUCAUCAAGAAAUAGAUGAGGAAGAUUUUGAGAAUUUGCAAUCCCUCCCCGCCAGUUACAGGGCUACAGUAUUUUAGGGACAAGCAGGGACAGCAUCUGACUUCCCUAUGUGCACAGUCUGUAACAAGGAGGGUGAUGGACAAGCCAUCACUCGUCUAACGUGUAGCAAGAAAAGAGUUCCUAGACACAUUGGGACAGAUGGUAGAGACAGAUGUAUAUAGUCAUUUUAAGGGGGGACUGUGAUGGAUAGAAAUAAAUGUAGGUAAAAUGUAUAUUUGAUAUAUGCACCUGUGCUCAUUCCAUACUCAAAAUGGGUGCUAGAACACCCCCUCCGAUCGACCAAAACACUUGUGUAACAAGAUGGCGUCUCCAUCCAGAGCUACACCAAAGAUGAUGAUGACAUCAACACCCUGGAGGAAGUACAUCAAGAUUAAACACUUAACCAAUUAAAAGUUUACAUUUCAUAUUUGCACACGAUGCAUUCCUUUGACCUUUUUAAGGGGCUACACUCGCCCCCUGAAUAAACAAUUGGAAGUUUUGCAUUCAUCUGAACUUUGGUGCCAGUGUGAUUUCUUCAGUGUGCACGCAUCUCAUUUUCUAAAUCUGGACGGGGCAGAUACUCAGGCAGACACUUGGUCUGGUCCAAAACACUCUAUCUAUCUCACCCCUAUUUAUAUAUUUAUAGUGAGCAUGUACUAUACAUCCUCUUUUAAAUUAACUUAGACUUAGAUCUCCUAGUACGUGUAGGACUCUGCACCUAUUAAUAUUUAUUCAUUUCUCUAAGCCUAUAUGGGGGCUUUUUUAUACUAGUUGAGGACAUCCACCUACCACUCACAACCGAACAGGGUUUAACCCCAUUAGUACCUGUUGAUUUCAUUUUUUCCACUCACUAGGGCCAGAGUAUUCUGUCCAUUUACAAUAUAUCACUGAUCUGCCCGACAGCAAAGUAAACAUCUCAAUCUGGAGCAUAUAAGUUCAAUAAAAAAAAAAAAAGAAGCCACUAACUGGGGUGGGGAGGAGCCUCAUAAGGGAUGACUUGAUAUAUAUAGUAUUAUUUAUUUUAAUUGUAAAGACCCAGUGUGAUUAGAGGUUAUAAUUGGAGCGAUCUCUGUGAUCUCAGGUCUCUCUUACGACAUGAUAAAGUCCCACAGACCUUAUCUUUCAGCUAUAAUUGACAUGCCCACAACUGUAUAUAUUUCUAAACUAAAAUAAAUAUGAAAAUCUCACAGCUAAUUAACAGUGACAUUUCCAUUAAAAAAUGAGGAGGAUAUAAUUUAGCUUUUUUUAAAGUCUAAUGCCUAGUUUACUGGGUUACUGUUCAGAUACACUGACUAUUAAUUCUUUUGUGAACAGCUGACAGCUACCACACUAGUGACAGCGUAAUUUGGAGUAAUACCUGGUGUAUAUAUAUAUAUAUAUAUAUGUAGCCUGUGAUAUUUUCCCAUUACCAUAACUAACCAUAUCAUCAGUUCGCUUAGCCUGUUUUAUUUACUAUUUUUGAUUUCUGAUCAAUGACAUAUCUUUUGUGAGCUUGUUUAUUAUAUAUAUAUAUUUUAAAAAAAUAAUAAUAAUUUAAAUGUGCAUUUAAAUCAUACGCCAUGAUACUGUUUAUUAUCAAAUGUUUGCAUAGGCUUGCUAUCACUGUUGUAGCAUUACAGGCCUGAUUGUACAUAUAUGAAAAAAAAAAAUGAAAACAAACAAAAAAAAAAGGAGGAGAGGGGGAGGCUGGGGAGAGUGACAAUAUUUCGGCAUCACAGAACUGUUAUUGUUAUUUUUAUUAUUGUUUUAUUUUUUUCCUCAAUUUUACCUUAUUUCCCCCCCCAAUUUUACUUUAAUGUAUUAUUUGCCACGUGUCUAUGAGGAGUAUUGCUUUCUCUUGUCAUUAGAUAAUUCUCUUGUUGCAUAAUAAUGGUAAAUGAGUGUUGUUAAUCAAUACUAUAUAUAUAUAUAUAUAUAUAUAUAUAUAUAUAUAUAUAUAUAUAUAUAUAUAUAUUGUAAUGAAAACACUUGGCCUAGCACGUCUCGAUGUAAAACUACUACAGAUAUUUUUACAUUUCAUAAUUUUCUUACUACAAAAAACUGAAAAAAAAAUAUUUACGGACAUGUAUUGCAUACUUUAAGCUUUUUUUUUUAUAUAUGCUUGUAACUAAAUAAAGAAUAAUAAAAAAAAAUAAUAAUUGUACUUUACACAAAAAAAAAAGAGAAAUCCCUUUUGCAGUUCACGAUUUCAUACCUAACUCCUGUGAAGAUUUUUUCCUAUUAAGGCUUAUUCGGGCAGCUUUUCUUCAUUCCAGGACCUGCUCCAUUCCUUUCUUCCAGUCCCUUCACACCUUCCAACAAAAUGGCGCCCGAACCGCCCUAGUCACACUUCUCCCGCGUGCCCUGUGUGGUUUCCCGCGCUUACGGACGUGCAACGUCACGGCGUACACCGAGCCGGAAGCGAGCCGGCCGCCAUCUUUGUACACCCCGGAAGAAGGAAGGCAUAGCCACGUGAGUCGUGCAGCAGUGUCAGGCUGUACACUGUAUCUCGCUUGUAAACAGGUUGCUGUGUCUCUAGGUGGACGGGAUUAG